AUGGCUCGUCGUCCGGCUCGUUGCUACCGAUACUGCAAGAACAAGCCGUAUCCCAAGUCCCGGUUCAACCGUGGUGUCCCUGACCCCAAGAUCCGAAUCUUCGAUCUGGGCCGCAAGCGCGCCAAGGUUGACGACUUCCCGCUAUGCAUCCACAUGGUCUCCAACGAGUACGAGCAGCUCUCCUCUGAGGCUCUCGAGGCUGCCCGUAUCUGCGCCAACAAGUACCUUGUCAAGUACGCCGGAAAGGAGGGUUUCCACCUGCGCGUCCGCGCUCACCCUUACCACGUCGUCCGUAUCAACAAGAUGUUGUCUUGCGCUGGUGCCGAUAGACUGCAGACCGGUAUGCGUGGUGCCUGGGGUAAGCCCAACGGCACUGUCGCCCGUGUCAACAUUGGUCAGAUCAUCAUGAGCGUCCGUACUCGUGACUCUAACCGUGCUAUCGCUCUUGAGGCUCUCCGCCGCUCGCAGUACAAGUUCCCCGGUCGCCAAAAGAUCAUCAUCUCCAAGAACUGGGGUUUCACUCCCCUCCGCCGCGAGGAGUACCUGGAGAAGGUCGCCGCUGGCCGCGUCAAGGUCGACGGUGCCUACGUUCAGUUCCUUACCAACCACGGCAACCUGGAGAACAACAUGAAGCGUUUCCCCGACGCUUUCCAGGCUUAG